AUGACGUCGUCAGUUUCAUCAUCUCCAAUCUCAAGUCCUAAUUUAUUGAAAUCGAAGACCUACUCGAAACCAUAUCGUAUCGAAAUCGGUAUCAUUGUUUUGUUUCUUUGUUUAACAAUUCCAAGUUUAAUCGUCCUUUCACUUAUUUAUCGUCGGCAAACUCUACCAUCGUCACCCUCAUCAACAUUCGAUGACAAUUUUCAUCAGAUUUCAUUAAUUAACUAUCCGAAUGCACGUUGUAUGGAUAAUAGUAUUGCUUCGUAUUACGUUCGUCUAGCUAAUAAUCGUCAUUCUCGUUGGUUAAUCUAUUUCGACGGUGGCUGGUUUUGUUAUUCGAAAGACUCGUGUGAUUUUCGACGACAAUUUUCCCCGGAUUUGAUUACAACGAAAAAUAUCAACCAGAAGAAGUUCUUCUCGGGAAUCUUAGCCUCAUUCAAGCAAUAUAAUAUUCUCUACGCACCGUAUUGUUCGUCAGAUCUCUGGUCCGGUUCAUCGAAUCUGACGCAUUCACAUGGUUACGAUAUCUUUCAUGCAAUAUUUCGUCAGGAAAAUUAUCUUCAACAUGCCAAGCAGAUUCUCUUCGUUGGCUUUUCAGCUGGUGGAUUGGGUUUACUACUAAAUCUUCCAGAUUUAUUUCCGAAGUUUUCCUCCCAUAUCGAUUUACGUGUUAUCAUCGAUUCCGCUUGGUUUUUCGACUAUUCCGACAAUCCAAAUGGUAUAUCAAAAAUCAAUCAAGGAAUGAUCUAUUGGAAUACUCAAAUCUCUUCAUCAUGUCAAUUAGAAUCUCGGUAUAAAUGUUUAUUAGGUAGUGAAGCGAUUAAAUUAUUUCCUUCAUCAGUUAAAAUUUUGAUUAUACAAUCAUUAUUUGAUUUGACGCAAUUAUACUUAGAUAAAAUCAAUUUGAACGCAUAUGAUUUUUCAUUAAAACUUCGUGAUAAUCUUCGUCAAUCAAGUCAUCGAAUAUCGAUAUUUGCACCAUCAUGUCCUUUACAUGGGUUUCUAUUUCGUUCUGUAUGGACUAAAUUUGAUAUUAAACAAAGAACACUCGCAUCUGUACUUAAUAUAUGGUUAAAACGAAAGAAACGAGUUCAUCUCCAAUUGAUCGAUGAGCAUUUUUAUUCAAGUUAUUGUCCGCAAAGUAAUGAUGAUAAUAAUUAUUAUGAAGAAGUCUUCUAA